CUGUCAGUCUGAUCGUGGACAGUAGAGACGGAGGAUAUUUGGUCUGUGCGCUCACUAUUAUUACCCUGACCUCCCACAGGACCUCGUAGACUUGUGAUCAAGAGAGAAGCCACUCACAUCGCACUGAUCCCCCGACAUUCUCCUAGCAGCAUUGCCCUCUCUGCACACACACAUCCUGCAACACUUGGCCCUUCAAUUCUGCAACUUGCUGACUUCACAUUGAGUCCCUUUAAACUUUUGUGAUCAGCUGAUUACAUAGCUUUUGGAGGGUUCUGCUGGAUUUUAUUGUCAAACUAAUUUCACCUUCUGCCCAGAAAUCCAAAGUUGUUUUUUCUUCGCUGCUUUUAAAUAACAGACGAAAAAUGGAGAUAUUGGAAAGUGGAGACCCCGUCAUCCAAUGGGAUCGCAAGCUGAGCGAGCUGUCCGAGGUGGCCGAGAGCGACUCGCUGUACAAUACGCCUUUCUCAGAGCUCCUGGAUGACACCGCCCUGCUGGAUGCGCUGGGACAGCUAAUCUGCGAUCCGUUCCUGACCGAUAAAUAUGAAAUGAUGGAAGUGGACAACCUAAACUCACCUUCUCCUAUGAUCAAAGCAGAACAUAGCUACUCCCUGUGUGGAGAUUCCCGCCCUCAGUCUCCAUUCACCCAUGGCUCCUCUGAUGACAACUUCAGUGAUGGUGAUCUUGCUGGGGAGGACUGGUGUUUCGGAGGACAGCUCACUUCCAACAAAGUAAAGAUGGAGGUUCCAGUGCAGGAAAGCCCAGGUCUCGCUCCUUCCGUCACCUUGACGGCUAACACAAUGACAGCGCCUCUUGAAGUAGCUGUAUUACCACAGCUGCCUGAGCCAGAUCAGAUGAAGCCCCUGAGCCCCAAAUCUCUGCCCGAAAUCAAGCUGGAGCCACAUGAAGUAGACCAAUUCCUCAACUUUUGCCCCAAAGAGCAGGCAUCAUCAGACACAUUGCAGCUGCCCCCUACUCCUCCCAGCAGCCAUGGGAGUGAUUCUGAAGGAUGCCAGAGCCCCAGCAGGUCCCUCCCACCCUCCAGUCCUGUCCAAUCACAGUCCGGGAGCAAAGUGACAGCUCGCAGCCCCUCGGCACUUUCGAAUUCCCCCCUUCUGACUGCUCCACAUAAGCUUCAAGGAACAGGGCCCCUAAUGCUCACUGAGGAAGAGAAGAGGACCCUUAUAGCGGAGGGAUACCCCAUUCCUACUAAAUUGCCCCUCACUAAGGCUGAAGAAAAAGCUCUGAAGAAAAUCCGCCGGAAGAUUAAGAAUAAGAUCUCAGCCCAGGAAAGUCGAAGAAAGAAAAAAGAGUACAUGGACAGCUUGGAGAAGAGGGUGGAGAAUUGUUCUUCAGAAAACAGCGAUUUGCGUAAGAAAGUGGAAGUUCUGGAAACCGCUAACAGGACCCUCUUGCAGCAGCUGCAGCGUCUCCAGGCCAUGGUAGCCGGCAAAGUUAACCGCUCAUACAAAGCAGCGAGCACCCAAACUGGCACCUGUCUUAUGGUUGUGGUUUUGUGCUUUGCAAUCAUAUUUGGAAGCUUCACACAGACAUUUGACCCCUACCCAUCAGCCACCAAGACAGUGCAGGAACCAAGCGGACUUUCAGCACCAGAAUCAUAUGCAGCAUCAAUAGUGCGUUCUAGGAGUCUCCUGAUCUUCGAGGAGCAUCAUGGCUGGGAAGAGCUGCACAGCUCCGCAGUGACCGUUGAUUCACAUGACGCCUGGGACAGAGGUGCAGAGAUCAUCUCUCAGCAUCACAAAGCAGCAAUAGAGGAGAUCAGCCGAUCCCAGGAGAAAUCGUACACCCUGUCCAAUGACAGUCGAGAUGGAAUAGUACGGCACAGGUAUACUUCGGAUUUUGGAAAGAAUGAAACGAAAGUAAUAGAACUCGACAGGCGAGUGAAUGCUACUUCCUAAUGGAUGAUCCUUAUCCACCAUCUCUUUCCACAAACCCCUCUUCCCAAACACUUACAGCCACCCCCUCAAGUUCCCACACAGACCCGGCCUUUUUGGACUAAACCCCGCUUGACGGGUGACAUAGGUCGGGACCCAAGACUUGACAUUGGCGGAUAAUCUAUGAUCGUAGCAAGCAAGACUUUGCAAGGUACCUCUGGACCUUCUUUAUGCAUCCAGCAAAAUCCUCAAAGCGGAACCAUUUCAGUGAUCCUUUUUUUUUUUAAAGGACUCAGAAAAAAGACAUUUAUAUGUUAAUAAAUUAUAUAUCCCAUGCCUGUUCAGUUUACCCCUCCAAAAAUGGAACAAAGACAAGCUGAGGCAACCUGGAUAUUUCAAAGCCAGGUAGUUACCUAUAAGAUAAGACUAUGAAAUAAGAUAUAUAUUUUAUAUAAUGAUGUUGCCUUAUAUAAAGACCGGAAAACAAUCACAAAAGGAAUAUAGAAGGGAAAAGAUGAAACAAAAGAACAUAAUUCCUUAAAUUUAUAGGGAAACCUCCAAGCUGAAUGCAAUAUUUAAUAGUUUAAAUUAAAUAGGCAAAUCUUUUUUUUUUUUAAUGCAUUGACUGGAGGACAU